GUGAGAGAGACACUCCAAGAAAACUAUGGCAGAAGUAGCACCAGCCCCGGCCAAAGAGGCAAAGAAGAAGGCUCCCAAGCCGAAGAAGACCGGCCCCAGCGUCAGCGAGCUCAUCGUGAAAUAUGUGUCCGCAUCCAAGGAGCGGAGCGGCGUGUCCGUGGCCGCCAUCAAGAAGCUCCUGGCUAACGGAGGCUACGAUGUGGAGAAGAACAACAGCCGCGUUAAAGUCGCCAUCAAGAGCCUGGUGGCUAAGGAGAUUCUGACCCAGGUCAAGGGGAUCGGAGCCUCCGGCUCGUUCAAGAUGAACAAGAAGGCCGAGGAGAAGAAGACAAAGAAACCGGCAGCCAAGAAAGCCGCUCCUAAAGCAGUCAAGAAGCCCGCAGCUAAGAAACCUGCGGCGGCCAAGAAGCCCAAGGCAUCGGCAGCUAAGAAGCCAGCAGCCGCCAAGAAGUCCCCGAAGAAGGUCACGAAACCCGCAGCUGUCAAGAAAUCAGCCAAGAGCCCAAAGAAGGCCGCCAAGAGCACCAAGAAGACGGUGAAAAAGGCCCCCGCAGCAAAGAAGGCCCCCGCAGCCAAGAAAGCCCCCGCAGCCAAGAAGGCCCCCGCUAAGAGGGUCGCCAAACCCAAAACCAAGAAGGCAGCACCCAAGAAGAAGUGAGCUGUCAAUCAACGACCCCACUAAAACGGCUCUUUUAAGAGCCACCCACUUCAAACAUAAGAGUUCAUUUCUUGUUGUAAUAAGUGUCUGUAGCUAACUUUAUUUGACGAACCUAUAUCAUAUCAAAUUGCAGAAAGUGACAUUGACUGACAUCAGAAACAGCAUGGUGCUCUUGUACUUUGUAGAAACGAUAGGAAAUCAGCUUAUAUAUGAAGGUACAUUUUGAUGUGCCUUGAAGCAACAAUAUAGACAUACUAUCACAUUCCUGUAGGGACUGGCAGUCACUUUCAGUCUUGCUUUAUCAUUUGGGUUGCUCCAGAGAGGAAGGCGUUAGAAAGAAGGUCGUAAAGGAUCAUUAGGGAUUCAUUCACAAUUCAAUAGUUCAAUCAUAACAAUCACAAUCAUUUUUUUUUUUUGUGUAGCUGUGCUUGUGUGUGCGCGUGCGUAUGCGCCCCUGCGUGGAUGCACAUGGUCCUAAAGGUUAAAAAGACAUUAAAAUCUAUAUCAUAAACCC